AUAAUCUCCGCGAUUGGUACGUGAUAUAUUAAAAAAACGGUAAACAUGUUUAGAACUAAUACUCGGUUUUAAUGAUAAAAGACUACGUGCGUGUGAUAUCCGUUAUCUGGUCAUCCGGAAGUUUUUGAAGGGUCCCUAUGCACAGGUCAAGUCUCAAUUCUGACAGUUUCUACGCGUGCAUAAUCUCUUUUUAAACCUGAUUAGUCCCGAUAUUUAUGACAAACAAGCCCGCGCGUAAUAUAUAAAUUUGCUGUGGUUUUGUUGUGUCGUCAUUCAAUUUCGAAACUUGAGCCCCGCGCUUUAUCGUCUCCGAGUGUAGAGCAGCAUCAUACACACGCUGAUUGCGUUAACAAUUACGAGAGAAGCACGUGCCGUACAUAUUUUCAACUAUGCAUGAUAACAACGGCGGUGGGGCAGAUGUAAUGAGCACUGUUAAUGACAAGCAUGGUAUGGAAAGAUGGAAGCAGGUAUUACGCAGGAAGGUCCCAAUUCUGGAUUGGGGCAUGCGAUAUAAGGUCAGCUGGUUUGUUCAGGAUUUGUUAGCUGGUUUUACAGUAGGUCUGACUGAGAUUCCUCAAGGAAUUGCGUAUGCAUCUGUUGCGGGGUUACCUCCAGAGUAUGGCUUGUAUUGUGGGUUUAUGGGAUGUUUCAUGUAUUGCAUUUUCGGAUCCUGUAAAGAUAUUAACAUAGGACCUACCGCAAUCAUGGCGCUGAUGGCCCAACCACAUAUAGAUAAGAUGGGACCUGGUGGGGCGCUCAUUCUGACGUUUUUGUCAGGCUGUGUUAUUUUUAUAUUAGGAAUGUUACAUUUAGGUUUUGUGGUGGAGUUUAUAUCAUAUCCAGUAGUAGCAGGAUUUACAUGUGCUGCUGCUAUGAGUAUUGCCAGUUCUCAAUUUAAGGGACUCUUUGGUUUGAAAGGGAAAGCCAACGAGUUUCUUGAGAGUGUGAUCCAUUUGAUCGAAAAUAUAGGCGACACGAACAAAUGGGACGCCAUCUUGGGAUUUACCAGUAUUAUCAUUUUAGUGUUGAUGACGGAACUCAGGAGGUUGGGAAGCAUGAAAACAAAUCCAAAUUUAACACCUGCGCAAAAUAGGUAUAAAAAAGCUAUCUGGAUGAUAUCUUUAGCAAGAAAUGCUUUAAUAGUUGUCGUUGGAACUGCUUUGGCAUAUAUACUUAAAGAAAAUGGGGAAACUCCGUUUACUUUGAUUGAUCAGGUGGGAGAAGGUCUUCCGCCAUUCAAACUCCCACCAUUUGAAAUUACCAACAACGGAACUUAUUAUUCGUUUGGUAAAAUUAUUGAGACUUUUGGAAGUUCAUUGGCUUUUGUACCUUUAGUAGCCAUUUUAGAAAGUGUUGCGAUUGGUAAAGCCUUCUCUAAGGGAAAGACCUUAGAUGCUACUCAGGAACUUAUUGCUUUAGGAGUAAGCAACAUUAUGGGAUCUUUCGUUGGGUCCAUGCCGGUAACUGGAUCAUUCACCAGAACAGCAGUAAAUAAUGCGUCAGGAGUCCGAACACCGCUUGGAGGUGUCUUCACCGGUAGCAUGGUACUUUUAGCUUUGGGAUUCUUGACAAGUACAUUUGCAUACAUCCCUAAAGCUACUCUAGCCUCAGUAGUUCUUGUGAGCAUGUAUUACUUAUUUGAAUUUGAAGCAAUUGCCACAUUAUGGAGGACAAAAAAAUUGGACUUAGUUCCGUUUACAGUCACAUUUAUCGCCGCUUUAUUCCUCGGUUUAGAAUACGGAAUUCUUAUCGGAAUUGGUGUUAAUCUCUUGUUCGUGUUAUAUCUCACAGCCAGACCAAAGAUUGAGGUCAAGCCGGAAAAGUUGGUGCAGAUGCGUGGAGAUUGCUUGAUUGUUACACCUAGUACACCGUAUUUGAUGUUCCCUUGCGCGGAGUUUCUUCGGGAAACUGUGAUACAAGCUUGUGAAAGGUGUACGAAUAAUGUUAGUGUGAUAAUCGAUGGAAGUGUGAUUAAAUUUUUAGAUGCUACCGUUAUCAAGAAUUUACAAAUUUUAUUGGAUGAUUUGGAACUAAAGAAGCACAGAUUAAUUUUGUGGAAUUUCCAAGAGUCUGUCCUUGCAGAAUUGUUGAGGAUGGAUCCCCGGUUUGCAAAGCACCAUCACGUAGGAACUAAAGAAAAUAUUUUAAAUGAUGACCAGUUUGAACAAGUUAUGAUAAAUGACGACUACACUAUACAAUAAUAAUGUUAUGUAAUCUUAGCAACAAAUUGUAUUCAUUAUAAUAGCAAAAUAAUAAACCUUUUAUUCUCUUA